CACCGUCUAAUCAUUAUUAUACUACCUACCUACCUACACACUCCUAAAUACAAACACAAUGGUUCCCAUCAAGCCCCACUGGGUCCAGCCCUCCCACCCGGACCGUCUUCACCUCAUCGUCAACGAGGCCGAGUUCACGUCCAAGAGCAUCUCCAAGAUUGCUCUGCCGCCCUUUGCGCUGUUCGCCAAGCUCGAGUUCCCCCCCUGCACGCCGGCCGACAAGCCGACAUAUGCUACCGUCCAGUGUGGCCGUGACAAGCACCUGGAUCUCAACAGCGAUUUGCUGUACAUCAACCACUCUUGCGAGCCGUCUCUUAUCUUUGACACGGGUAACAUGAACGUCAUCGCCGGCCCGAAAGGGAUUCAAAUCGGCGAGGAAUUGACUUUCUUCUACCCCUCAACCGAAUGGACCAUGGCCCAGCCCUUCGACUGUCUCUGCGCCAAACCCACCUGCCGCGGCCGCAUCUCCGGCGCCCGCGACAUGACCGACGCCCAACUUUCGGGUGCCUGGCUAAACGGCCACAUCCGCGACCUUCUCGAAGAACAGCGCGGUUCUUCUUCUUCAUCAUCCCUCAACGGCAGCAACUCCGCCACUUACACCAUCCCCGAAAAGAACUCCUCUGAAAAAAACGGCUUCCACAAAGUCGGAGAGUUGGACCAAAUUGCGCAGAGCCUUCGAGAUGCAUUGACGCAUGCCGAAAAGGUGGUGGAAGCCGCGAGGAAUGCGCUGAUGAGCUAUGUCGGGGCUGUCAAUGAUGCUGCUACUGCUGCUAACAAUGGGGCGGCGAAGAAAAAGGAGGAGGAAGAGGAAGAAAGUCCCGAGGGGGCGCGGAGACGGGGGCCGACGAGUAGGGAGCUUAGUGGCGAGAUGGGGGGUGAUACGAUGGAGGUUUUGGCUUAGGGGAGAGGGGGGGAGGCAUGUUGCUGGAUAUACAACCCUAAAGGGGAAGGGGAUAUGAUAUGAAGCACAUGCCUACCUACCUGUGUUAAUGGUGGAGGAGGGCUGCUACGGUCUCUUUUUCUUUUUUUGGAUAUGGGAGGAAAACAAAAGAAAAGAGACAUGAGCGGCCUGAGGAAUCUGCCGUCCUGUCGUUACUGGUUGUUUUGAAUUUAUAUAAAACCUUGGAAACAGACAAAAAUCAGUACUGGAUAUGAUAGCCAAAUACGCACUGUACAUGGCGAAAGAGUGAAAAAGGGGUGAAG